CACGUGAUAUGGAUGACGCCGUUAACUGGAACAUGUCAACUUGAGGGUUAGUUUUUCUUUCUGUUUUCUCUGGCAGGUCUCCUCUCAGGGCUGUGACUGGAGAUCCAGAGGAAAUGGAGGGAUUUGAAUUGAACUUAUCAGAUGCAAUGUGUCUUGGGGCCAGCCUUGCCCUCUCAGGCAUCUGCUACUAUAUGUACAGGAAGAGCCGGACGACAGUAGAAGACAUUGACAAAGCUCCACACUUCACCAUAGACAGAAAACUUAAAGACAUUUUGACAGUGACUCAAGGAGCGUCUCUACAGUAUGCCGUCGUCGAAGGAGUUGUUAAACCAGAGGGUGAGCCCCUGAAAAGUGACUUCCACAAAGAAAUUUCUGGCGUGUUACAGAAAUUUUUAUUGAGAGAACACAGGCUGGUGUGGAACGACUAUUCACGCAGAUGGACAGACGAUGAACGAGUCUUGCAUGAAAAAGUGAACAUGACGCCCUUUUUAGUGGGGUCGGAUAAAACUGCAGUCAAAGUCCUGUCCCCUCUGCAGGCCUCUGGAAGGUACACGGAGGUCAUCUACGAGAAGUUUCACCAGCACAAUUCUGGUUUAGCUGACCUUGUGGGACAAUACAUCAGUGGGCAGAAGCCCAAAGGCCACCUGGAGAUCGAAGAAAUGCUCAAAGUGGGAACAACCCUUACAGGUGUAGGUGAAUUGAUACUGGACAUCGACGGCACCCUGAAUCUUCGACCCCCUUCUAAUGGUUCAAAGUAUUUCUUGACCUUGGGAGACUUUGACACCCUGCGAGGAGAGAAAGAGAGCGAGGUUUUUUGCUGGAAGACGCUGGCUGUUACUUUUGCUUUGGCAGGGGCAGCAGUCCUCGUCUGGGUCGGCUUACGCUACUACCGCUGUCUGCAAGUUCGCUGGGAGCAGGAGAAGGAAAGAAGGGAAUUUGAGAGACUUCAGACUGAAGCCCCAAGACAGCUUGUCACUGUGGGUCCCGAAGCCGUAGGUGACAAUCACACGGACAAUAUAUGCGUGAUCUGCCUCACUCAACCACGUAACUGUAUUCUGUUGGACUGCGGCCACGUAUGCUGCUGCUACACCUGCUACCAGGCCUUGCCACAACGUAAAUGCCCCAUUUGCAGACAGAGGAUCAACAGAGUGGUGCCAAUAUAUCACACCUAAGGCGCCUGUAUGACUAUGUGACCGUAUGACCUUAGUGGACUUUCAAACUGUACCAGCAUUACACCUCAGAAGUCUAAACCGCUGCGCUAAAUGACUUGGAAGUAAGUGUGAGUUAAAGGGAUGUUGGGCAAGCAUUUUGUUGAUUACAAAGCUGAACGACUUUUAAAUUGAAAUUUGAAAUUGCAUAUGUAGGAAAGUAAAUGAUUGAUGAAAGAUGUUUAUUUUCCUAGAUGCUGGUUCUGUGCCUUAAUUUUACAAAUGAUACUGAUUCCUGCAGCCUCAGAGUGAUUGUACUGGAUGUAUGUAAGGUUUUGUUUCAAUUACUGAAACAAAAGCACACCUACGGCCAGUUUUAGUGUGUGUGUCAUUAAUGCACUACAAAAACAUGAGAAUUCAGUACAUUAUCACUCUUGAAAGUAAUAUCUGUUGUGUGUGUCACUUACUGUGAAACAUCCAUGUCCAGUUGUGUUUACAGAUAUUUAGGAGUCUGGCCACAUACUCCAUGUGAAGACAUGUUAAUUUAGAAAAUGUUGAAUAAAGCCUUUUGUGGCUCCUGAGCGAGCUAAAAUGAA